AUGAACCGCGGGGGCCACGUGGGAAACACGCGCGUUUCCAAAUUCACCGUCGCGGUCGUCGUGGUCGUCCCUGGCAGCGAAGGCGACAGAUGCAACGCGCAGAAUAAAGCUUUCCAACAGAACUGCGCGAAGAGCUGGGUGGACUACUUUAACAAGCGUCGGGUCCUCGCCGAGCAGCAGAAACCCAUCCUCGUGCAGGCGAAUAUGCAGGCCGAGGAGGCCAAGCGGAAGGCUUCUUGA